CGUUUCCGAAGAGUGAUUAUUACGAAAAAGUCAAAAAUUAAAAACAGUCGUCGACAAUGGCUUGACGUAGAGAGAAGUGUAUAAAAUGGCGACGUAUUUAAAGAGAACGUCAAAAUUAUUUGAUCUCACCUUGCCACAGUCAUCAAGUGAGAUGAACUUACGGGAUUUAAUAUGUCCAGUGUGUCGUGGAAUAUUAAUAGAACCAGUGACGCUACCAUGUACGCAUAACCUAUGUUUAAAAUGUUUGAAAGGUACAUUUGAACAUAAUAGCCUAAGUUGUCCUUUAUGUCGAGUAAGAGUUGGUUCUUGGUUAAGAACAGCAUCUAAAUCUGAAUCACUGGUAAAUAAUGACCUUUGGGAGCAUAUAAGGUCGAAAUUUCCAAAAGAAAUAGAAGGUAAAGCUAUUGACGAUGUGCCAGAGAUUCGUAACCAAGAUGAAUAUGUUCCUAAAUUAUUGAAUAACCCUGGAGAUAUUCAACGUGAAUACCAAUUUCAACUGCAAAAAGCAUCAGAAGAAAUGAGAAAACAAAGAGAAAAUGAAAGAAUAGCAAAUGAAGAAAUUAUUCGUAAAAUACAGCAUCAAGAGAACAUUCAACAGAAGCAAAAGUUGGCGCAACUUGCGCAGGAUCAAUUAUUAGCAAGGAGCUUGGCGAAGAAGAAACUAAUAGACAAGGAAAAAACGAUUAAGUAUUACAACGAUUAUUUAAGAAGUUCUCCAUCAAAAGAAUCGAAAAUUUUAGCAUCGAAUGACCGAUUGCCAGCCACUACUAUUGAACCUAAGACUGAAGUAUCAAAUCUAAACCAUGAAAAUAUAGUUUAUUUUAAAGAAAAGAAAUCUACCGACCUCAGAAAACCAAACCUGAGUAUUAUCUCCAAGAUUCAAGCAGAAAGAGUUGCUGGAGGCGUCAAACCGUUGAUUUUAAGUCGACCACAAGAUGCCAAAUCAUGUUGUGAUCAUUCUGCAUCCCUCCAAGACUAUAUGUCUGUCAAAAAUCAAGCACUUAUAAUGCAGACAGGUUUUAUUGGUGCUUUUAACUUAAAUUUUGGACCGAGUUGUUCAAAUUCGAUGAAAAUUUAUGGUCAAAGAAGUGAAGAUGAGCUCCGAAUACCCUCUGAUGCAUUGACAAGUAAAAAGAAUAUUGAAGUUAUUCCAGUGAUAAAUAGUAAUGACGAUAAAAGGAUUGAGAGUCCUCAAAGCGCUGGAAGUCAUGACAGUAUCAAUCCUGAAAUUCAUCAUUUUAAACCGAUUAAAGCGUUGCCUAGAACGCCAUUAAAAGUUUCUCAGGAUGGAAGACAAAUUGAUAUGAUGGUUAUUCGAGUAAUGCCGGUAUUAAAAAAAAUUCUAAAUCCGGUUUUGAAGGCCCCAGCCUCUGCAAGUAUGAAGAGGAUCACUAGAUGUUCUUGGAGUGCAUUUAGAGAAUUCAUUGUUAUUGGCAAAGCACAGCAAGAAUCAAAACUCUCAAAUUGUAAUCCAGUCUCCAAAUCGUCCGAAAAUUUUCUCGUAACAUCUGACACAUCGAAAAAAGUCGAUAUUGCAACAGAUUCACUAUGUGACACGAAUAAGAACUAUGCAGAAAAUAUAAAUCGAUUGGUAAAUGGUACUAAAACAAAUAGAAAAACGAUAUCUAAUGAUGAAACGGAAGCUAGCAAGUUAAAUAAGUCACAAGCUCAAGUGAAAAAUGGUGCAUUGAGUAGUAGCAAAAGUUGUAAAAGUAGAAAGAAAAAUAGUAUCAAAGAAACAGCUGAUAGUAAGGAAACUUUUAUGAAUUUCCCUACAACUACAAUGAAUUCUGUCGCAAUGUGUUCGAAAGAGCUGUCAGAACGGCAGAGAAAAGAAAACGAUGAUAGUAAUAAUGAUGGCCUGGGUGCUAUUGAAAAUAUUGCUGAAAGAAUAAAACGAAGAAAAUUGACUUCUGAUGUUAAUAAAAAAAACCAUUUGACAAACGAAAAGGUCAGAACGAUUGAAAAACCAAUGAGAAGUAGGAUUACGGAUAAAAAAAAUGCCGCAGGUUGUAUCGAUGAUACUGAAGAGAAAAAAUUGAACAAGUCAAAGAGAAAAAAGGUUUUGGAUCCUUCAUUAAGCAUCAAACGCCAAAAAAUUCAAUCACAAAAUGAUUCUGUUGAAAAAGUGGAUUUAUCAAUUGAUAAGAAGGCAGAUUCAAACAAAAAAAGCACGAGAUUAACGAGAAAUUCGAUGAAAUCGACAAGAGUUGAUGAAAAAGAAGAUGAAAAUUUUGAUAGAGAUCAUGAUGAACGUGUAGUACAAGAGCAAGAACGUAUGGAAAGGAUACUUUUGCAAGAAAAACAGGACUACGAGCUUGCUCAGAGGCUUCAGGCUGAGUUUAAUGAAAUGGAGAGAAUAUCUGGACGAACAAGAGGAUCUAGAAGAGCUCUCGAGCGCAGUGCAGUUACGGUGAGUGUUGAAAAGUCAAAUGUUAACGGAAAAAUAUCUGCGAAAAAAGUAAUUGCUUCGAAAGGAAUUGUUAAAUCACGUCGUAGGCGGUACAAUUGAACUGCAUCAAAAAAAAAUUUAUGAAGGAAAAACAAUUUAGAAUUGUUGACAAUGACAAGAUGUUGACUUUUCUAGCAAAGCUUGCUAAAAUUAUACCGUUAACUACGGAAUUCAUAAAUCUUGAGAAAAUGAAUAAACGUUUUAUAUUGAAAAGAGGAAACAAUUGAAAAUAGGUAGGAUACGAAAGAUGUAAAAAUUAUAUAAUGCAUUCGCAAUCAUUUUUACUUCAGCGAAAUAAAAAUAGUUGAAAAAGAUGGAAAAAACUUUUUUUAAUAUUAAAUAUUGAAAUAAAUAGUUUCAAUAAUAAAACAAUAAAAUAAUAAACAUAGUUGUAUGAGACAAAACGCUGCGUACCUGUUUAGUGUGUGGAGGACCGCAUAAAAUAUGAACUGAUGAUGAUAAUAUUUAGGAUUUUAAAAAAAAUGUGCAUACAAAUAUAAAUACCGGAAGUUUGAGCUUUUAUAAAAAAUAUUUUUGAUUCAUUAUUCUUCACUAAUCUUCAUUUAUGAUAAAUAGAUAAUAGUAGAUUUUAAAUCGUUAAGUAGUCGUAGCAAUCACAUAUAAUUUUGAUAUUAAUUAAAUAUCAAGAGAUGGAAAGGAUUGGAUAGAUUGAGUAUCAGUAAUUAACUGCUCUUUAUUAUGUAAUGAAUUCUAAAUUUUACACAUCAUCAUUUGAAUAAUGAUCUUGCUUAUGCAACAGAUUAAAAUUCAAUUCAAUAUUUUCUGCAACAAAUAUAUAUAUUUAUAUUCUGCAGAAAUCUAUAUAUAUAUAUCUGUCACAAAAAAAACUUAGGAAAUAAGUUCAUACUUCAUUAAUACAUUAUUCAAUCAAUAUAAAUAUUUCUUUUGUUUAACUUUGACUUCAAGAAUUAUUUUUUGUAGAACACAAACUUCCGAAUUCUAUUCAUUCAUUUUCAUCAUAUGAGAAUUCAUUCUCAAACACAAAAAUCAACAUAUUAAAAAUUAAGAAGUUACAAAAUAUACUACCGUAUCGAUACAUAAAGUAAUUUUUCUUCAUUACUGUCAUUUUUUUAUUGUUUCUUAAACGUUGUUAAUUAAUACAGUGUUAGAAUUUUAAAUAUUAUUCCUUUUUGCUCACUUACAGUUUUCAAUGUAAAUUUAUCUUCAACUCUGGCGUUUGUCUUUGCUAGCAUUUCAAAGCUUUUCGUUGAUACAGAGUUUAGUGUUUCAGAUUACGAAGCAAUUUAACCAUAUUGGUUUGCUGCCAUAUUAAUCAUAAAUAAUCAACCAAGUCAUCGUCAAGAUGAUUGUUAUUAAAUAUUUCAAUAUCAAUGAUUUGUAGAAAACACUUUCAUUCAAAUUGUCUUUCAAAUCUUUAUAGAUUUAUAUUCUUUUAAUGUUAUAUCGUAUUAGGGUAAACAGGUUAAUGGAUGGACACUGCCCAGAAGCAGGUCAAAUAACUAAAAUUGUCAAAAAGUAAAAACUUGAAUUUUUAAAAAAUAUUUUUCAUUCUGUAAGUUGAGAUCUAAUUAAUUAAAAUAAUACUAAACUUUUUUUUAAUGUAAAUUGAUUCUCUACGUGUAGUAAUUUCUUAUUUUUUAUUCAUCUUUUAGUCUUAACUGUCCAUCUACUGGUAUGUUUAUCCUAGGUAUAUGCUUCUUGGGAUAUUGAAAAAGUCAAAUAAUAAAUGACGGUUUAAUUUAAGAAAAGCCACGAUGGAAUAUAUUUUUCAUUUUUUUAAUUAAACUACACUCUGCAGAUAGUUUGGAAUAUUUAUUAUCUACGCUCGCAAUAUGACAUUAAUUAUUUUUACAAUAAAAUAAAAAAUUUAAAAAUAUAUUAAUAAAAGUGUAACAAGUGAAAAUUAGUUAAUGAUGUAAAUUUAAUAGUAGCAUUAAGUAUUUGAAACACGAUAAAGAAUGCAGUUAUUAAAAAAUCAUGAAAAAAAUAACAAAAUUGAACUGCAAUGGAUGAAUCACAGGGAGAAAAGGGAAAGAAAGUGAAAGUAACAAAGGAGAAGGUGCAAUUGAGAAUGAAAAAUGAACAUAAAAGCAAAAAAGAUUCACCAAUUCAUAAAUAUAUUUUUUUAUAAUUAUUUGUAAGUUAGUUUAUUUAUAACUGGAAAAUUGCACACAACGACUAAUUAUUUUACAAGGUUCAAAUUGAUUUAACUGAAAUAGAAAAGAUUAAAAAUAAUCAUACAUAAAAAAUUUUACGCUUCCUGCCAUUACUGAAAUUAUUAUCCAGUAUUUAAGGUUAAAGGACUUUUUUAAUCCAACAUUUGGUAUAUUUUCUUUUUACACUGUGAAAUAUUAUUAAAUUAUUUACUAAAAAAAAUGGAAGAACAAAAGUCGUAGAGUGAAUGGAGUAAAUAAUGGAUAUCGAAAGAGUGAUUGAAUGAGUUAUAUAUAAAUAGAUAUACAUUUAUAAGUGUCAUUGAUAAACCGUAACAAAAACGAGGAUUCAUUGUGUGAUAGAAUGAUUGAAAAUCAAGUUUACUUAAAUAAAAAAUCAAUAAGUAAUGUUUAGUUUGUAAGAAAAUAGCUGAAAGUUCUAAUAAUGAAUAAUUAUUUCUCGUGGGCAAAUA